CCCGUUGAUCAACGCAUUGGUGUCUGGUCUCUGACAGAAUUGUGUGCCCCAUACCAACUCCGCACGAACUCGGGUGCUGGAGAGGUGAGUGAGGACUUGCUUUAUUACCUAACAAUUUGGGGGCUCGUCCGGGAUUCCUUCUGGUGCGGUACCUCUGUCCAGUGGUCAGACCACUCAUAUAUGAAUUGGCAAGGCGCCACAGGAGAUUUCUCCCAGCCAAUUCAAUAUUAAGGGGUCGUGUACUGGACAGCAGGGUAAACGCCAGUUGGAGGGCUCCUGUCAGACACCAUGGGUCAAGGGACUAGCGUGCCUCUUGAGAGUCCGUUGGGGAUUGUAAAUAAGUUAUGGAAUGAAGGGAAACUCCCAGUACAGACAGGAAUGUCUAGGAAGAAGUUGUACACACUAUGUGUAAGGAAUUGGACUGGGUAUACCGCGGUAUUGGCCGACCCGGAGAUGAGGUGGCCUUCGUAUGGCUCUUUCGAACAGGCUGCCUUAAGAGGAGUAAAGAGCCUGAUCGAAAAAGACCAUCCGGGACAGUUAUGUUACUGGUUUUGUUGGGACACAGCAGCAGAGCUGUGGAAAUCUUUAAAAAUUAUGGCAGUCAGGUACUCUCCCGAGAGUGAACCCCCUCCAGGUUAUUUCGAUGAAGGGUGUAGACCACGGCGUGUUUUGACUCGUCAGCUGGUCCCCUCUGCACCUGCCCCUAUUCCUCCGCAGGGGGACUCUCUCCAUUAAAGAGCCAGAUCGAAAAAGACCAUCCGGGACAGUUAUGUUACUGGUUUUGUUGGGACACAGCAGCAGAGCUGUGGAAAUCUUUAAAAAUUAUGGCAGUCAGGUACUCUCCCGAGAGUGAACCCCCUCCAGGUUAUUUCGAUGAAGGGUGUAGACCACGGCGUGUUUUGACUCGUCAGCUGGUCCCCUCUGCACCUGCCCCUAUUCCUCCGCAGGGGGACUCUCUCCUUGUAGCAGAGGGGAAUCUGCAGGAUACCAGAUUGAAAUUUCUGCAGAAGGAUGAGGAGGAAAUGGAGGGGCAAACCUCGGGAGGAGUAGUUACUAGGCUAAUGUCCAAGCAGGUACGGCAGGGUGCAUGCCCCCCCCCUGAGGAUAGCGCAGAGGAUGUCCCCGUCAAAUCUCUUGCGAGUAAUAAAAGUAUAGUUAGAGAGAUGCCUUUACAGGUGCACGAUCAACCUUAUAUGGGCAAUGAUGGACGGUUACAACAUGCUAAUAUUGUGGAAUAUAAAGGAUGGCUAGAAUGGGACUUGAAAGAGUGGGGACAGUUGUCAGGGUCUUUUGGGGAAAAUCCCCGAAAGAUCAUAGAACUUCUAGAAAGAUUGUUUUUAAGUUAUAAUCCUACUUAUACGGAUGUGGAUCAGUUGUUAAGUAAAGUUUUGACCGGAGAGGAACGUAGUAAAUUGUGGAUGGCAGAAAGGACAUGGGAAGAUAGCAAUGCAGUUAAUCGUACUUGGAUGGAUAGGCGGGAUCUGGCCGCUGGCUGGAAUCCCCUAGACUGGACUCAGCCAAGGCUGACUCAGCUGCGAACAGAUCGAGAGCGAUUGUUAGAGAGACUCAAGGAAAUGGCUCGCCGCUAGCCUAAUCAGGCUAAGUUCAUGCAGAUUCGGCAGGAAUCUGAUGAGCCGCCCAGAAAGUUCUGGUCGAGGCUAUUGGAGGGGGCCCAAAUGUUCACUCAGAUGGAUCCUGAGAAAGAAGCAGACCACCCUACUCUUAUUUCAUUUUUUUGUGAAUCAGUCGGUGCCCCCUGUAAGGGAUUACUUCUUAAAGUUUCGCCCUGGUUGGGGAGGUGAGUCAGUCACUUCAGUGUUGGACGUAGCUGAUUUUGCCUGGAAGAAAGAAAGGGAAAGUAGUAAAAAGAAAGAAAAAAAGGAAAAAUAUAAGCUGAUGGCUUUAGCUUUUCACGGCGGUGUUCGAGGCAAAGGCCGUGGCCGUGGCAGGGGAUUCCAGGGUGCUCAGGGAAAAGGGUCCUGGCAACCCCAGCCAUCAGGAAAUUGUUUUCAGUGCGGACAGCCUGGUCACUUUAAACGUGAAUGCCCCUGGGGACGCCCAGAGGGUCUGGUUGCAUCCGCAGAUGCUUACACAAGUGAGGAAUACACCCCUGCACCACCAGCUCAGCCCAUUCCCCAGGCCUGGAUCAACUACGGGAAACAGCAGCAGCCGCAGCAAACUCAGCCUCCUCAAUGACGGUACCCCGGGGGCGAAGGCAAACAAUGUGAUGGUCUUAUUUCCUUAAUGUCUUUAGCCGGCUCCUUUCUCACUUUCUCCCCUCCCAGCAAAGAGCCUCGUUUAACCCUUUCAGUCCAGGGACUGCCUGUCUCUUUCCUCAUUGAUACUGGGGCUACUUUCUCUCUUUUAAAUCAUGCCCCCUCUCCCUGGCUAUCCUCUGAGGUUAAAACUGCGACUGGGGUGGAGGGCAACCCACAGUCUCUGGAACUCACUUUGCCUUUG